UUUUUUAUCUUUUUUUACUGCAGCUUUGAGAGACAUACAAAUAAUGCGUACCCACUUAACCCGAACGACAACAGUCGUAAAUUACUUGUCAGUUGUUGAUCCCGUACGUAAGGGAUUAACUCAAUCGACAUGAAAAGCAAGUGUUGAAAUGCUGAAACCGAGAAAUUCUAUCGUUUAGAAUGCACACGUCUAAUGUAACGACGGGUUUUUCCCGACGUGAGACUCGGCUCACGUAAGACCUUUUCACCUUUUAAAUCACGCAGGGAAAAAAAUGAAAAGCGAAAAACUAGUAUAAGCCUUAUUUUUCUAACUUUCAUGGGUUUUUGUAGGGAUUUUAAAACAAAUGAACAGAUAUAAAAAGGAAGCCCUAAAAUUCAGUAAAGAAUGAUCCAUAGAAGACUCGACUAGAGCAGUUUUCGGCACGGUAAUACGUUCCAAUGGUUUGACUUGUACACCUACGUGAUGAUGUUCGAAAUUUAGGUAACGACCGAUAAGAGAGGAUGACGGUUAGUAACAAUAAAAUCUAUGUAAAAAUGCUUUAGUUUAGCCAAACGGCGUGUUGAGCAAGAGAGUUUGGAAUGAAUAUUAUCACGUUUCACAAUUCGAUCCAAAGCAUUUGUUAUUUUAUCAGGAUUAACUGACGUUGUGUAGAUAAUGUGGUAAUAAGAAGGAAAACAACAGAGAGUGAUUGGCAUUUUCAGAAGGUACUUCUAAUCGAUUACAUGAGGUCCUACAUCCUUUUUCUCGCUUUUGCUUUCUCGGCUACGUCAGCGCUACCCGCUCCAAAUGCUGAUCGCAUUUUCGGAGGGGCGUUGGCUACUCCUGGACAGUUCCCUUACGUUGUGUCAAUCACCGACGCUGAUCGCCAUUACUGCAAUGGAUUCAUUUACAGUGCGAGAUGGAUCAUCACAACGGCUUCGUGUAUUGAUGGGAGAAGCGUAUCUAAAUUGAAAGUUAUUGCCGGUCAAGUAAAUGCAAUCAAUCCAGAUGUUAAAGAGCAAGUCAUGAGUGUCUACACUAUCACUGCUUCACCAUUGUACAAUAGCACGACCGGAUACAACGACAUUGCUCUCAUCAUGCUUACAGCAGACAUUGUUUUUGACUAUGUUAAUGUUGAUUUCGUUGCAUAUAACGAGGUAGAUAAUACUCUGACCGCAACAGCCAUGGGAUGGGGCGCCACAUUCGAAGGAGGACUUGAAUCUGUCAAUCUUCACUACGGCGAAGUGGACUUAUUACCGAUGGAUUCUGCAACCACAUGUGGAGUUUACGAUAACACGAAAUUCAAUUUUUCAACGAUGCUUUGCGCUGUAGCUAGCGCAACUGCAACUCCUGCUGGAUCUCCCUGUCAAUACGACGAGGGAUCUCCGCUUGUUCAAAUGUUUGGCAACGUUCCAACCGCUGUCGGAAUUUUGUCCAAAACGGAAGGCUGCCUAGCGGCCGCUCAUGGCGUUAUGUCGGUGAUAACGAUCAAGUAUUUGAGGUUCAUUCACUAUCUAUCACCAAGAUGCCGCGGAAUCACCAAGUCCCCAUCCACCAAGUCCCCUCCAACAUGUACAACAUGUACGAAGAAUUCGAGGUUGAGGAUUGUUUAAACCGAAGGGUUGUGCAGUUUGAAAAUCGACGAAAGGUCCAAUAUUUGCUAAAAUAUGUCGAGUACGACACACCCGAAUGGACGGAUUUUUCAAACUGCAAUAACUGCAGGUCCCUCAUUAGGGAAUUUCUACGUAAUUUAAGGGCUGCUACAGUGGAACAGGCCGGACCAGCCGAUGUCAACGGUGAGGUAGAGCUGGACGGCGAAGCCUUGCUAUAUUGCGAGGCUUUGCUGGCCAGCGAAGCUUCACCAUUAGGCAUCGGCGAUUCGGCCGGGGAACCUGAGCAGCUGUCUGAUGGACAAGAUUCAAACUUAGAGUAACCCGCCAUCUUGCUACCGGCCAUCUUCCUCCCGUCCGUCGAGCCGCCGGUCGUCGAGACCCCUGCCAUCAUGCCAACGUCCGUCGAGCCGCCGGCCGUCGAGACCCCUGCCAUCAUGCCACCGAUGGCAUCGAAACAGGCGGAACAGGCUAUGGCGUUGCUGGGCCAAGGGUUUCGGCUUUUGGGGUCUGUCCUGAGGCACUUGGUGGCAAGUGAAAAGGCAGGACUACCUGGUCCUUCAUCCCCUCCACCAUGUCCUUCAUCCCCUCUACCUGGUCCUUCAUCCCCUCUAGUAUGUCCUUCAUCCCCUCUACCAGGUCCUUCUCCCCUCGACCAGGUAGUUCAACGCCUCGUCCUGGCCACCA